GGUGGGGAUUGUCCUUGUCCAGCCAGUGAGCGGGAGCGGUUCUGUGAGAAAGCCGGCCGGUGUCCGCCAGAGGAUGGUCGGUUAUGACCCGCGGGCCCGGGAAGACGGCCAGGGGCUAUCUCCCACCAAGGUGGCUGCGGCCGGGUCAAUGUCCGGGCUCCUGACCCGGGUCCUUAUCAACCCGCUGGAUGUCAUCAAAAUCCGGUUCCAGCUUCAGAUCGAGCAGUUGUCACUGUCUGAGCCGGCAGCCAAAUAUCAAGGCAUUCUGCAGGCGACUAACAUGAUAUUCAGAGAGGAGGGUCCGCAGGCAUUCUGGAAAGGCCACCUCCCAGCCCAGCUACUCUCCAUCUCCUACGGAGCUGUCCAGUUUGUGAGUUUUGAAUUUCUAACAAAAUUUGUCCACAAUGCCAUGCUUUAUGACUCAAGGAAUCCCACAAUGCACUUUGUGUGUGGGGGCCUGGCGGCAUGUUCGGCCACUGUUACUGUGCAGCCACUUGACACACUCCGCACCAGAUUCGUGGCACAGGGAGAGCCCAAGGUUUACAAGAGUCUCUGGCAUGCAGUGGUCACCAUGUACAGAAAGGAAGGACCCCUGUCGUUCUAUCGGGGCCUCACUCCCACUGUCUUAGCCGUCUUCCCCUAUGCUGGGUUCCAGUUUGCCUUUUACAACAUCUUUCACCAUAUCUCUGAAUGGGCUGUGACACCUGGAGAGACCAGGAUGGGUAAUAUAGAGAAUCUGGUGUGUGGCAGCUGUGCAGGGGUCAUCAGUAAGACACUGACAUAUCCCUUCGACCUCCUCAAGAAGAGACUGCAGGUGGAAGGAUUUGAGCAGGCACGUGCUGCUUUUGGACAGGUCCAAACUUACAAUGGGUUCCUGAACUGUGCCUAUCAAGUGGCUCGGAGUGAGGGCCUGAGAGGAUUCUUCAAGGGCCUGUCGCCCAGCAUGCUGAAAGCAGCCUUCUCCACUGGAUUCAGUUUCUUCUGGUACGAGCUGUUCUGUGAUAUCUUGGGAAACCACAAAGAGUACAGGACAUCAGCAACACCUGAAUAAAGACGUCAGACACAAAACUCCCUCGCAAUGAUAACUGAUUGGCUCCUUUUAAGUCAUCAAAUCCCUUUGACAGCCCAAAUAUGGCACUGAUUUCUAUUUUGAGUGUGGGCUCUUGCAAUUCAUUGGGAAAGAUUGUGUCUCUUUAGGAUCCCACUCACCCCAGUCCAUCCCACAGUGAAUCUUUGCACUAUUGUUCUUUCUGGGUCAUGUGGAGGUGCAAGUGGAACUGUCUGAACCACCUGCUGUUGUGAGAUGUUUAUAAAGUAUGGCCCAGGAUUCAACAGCACUCAGCUGUUGCUUUAAAUGGCGAGAUUACAACUGCUCUUGUUCUCAGAUUUUAAUUCCUAAAUAUAGACAACAAUGAAAUACAAAGUAGGCUAUAAUUAUAGUGCUGUAAUGGAGGUGAUUUUAAUAUUUAUUUUUCUAAAGAGAUGCAUGUAUUUGGCAAUCUGCUUGUCAUUUUGUCUUAAUUUUUGUGCCUAAAUGCUAAUAUAUGUAAAUGUACACAUUUAAACAUUUAUUGAGAUCUUGGGAGUGUCGCACUGUUGAGGUUAUAGGUUGCCAGCUCCUGUCAAGUAUUUGUUUUCUGUAAGUCAGUACUGUACUGCUAUGGUGUUUCCACUUGAAGUGGAGAAAGAACUAGGGUUCUGGGGAGGGGUGAAGGACUUAAUUUAUUUUAUUGUUCAGAUGAAUAUUUAAUGUAUUGUAAUAUAGGGGUGUCCAAACCACUACAUGUGGAUCACAAGUCCUGGUACAAGGUUCCAGGACUGAUUCUCAGUUGGGUCGAAAUCAGCAGAUUGGGUAAUUGCAGUCAAUCUUGGGAGCAGGGAGAGGGAAAAUCUCAGUCACUCCUGAUCACUCUCUGCUUAGUGCAUGUUAGCCACGAGCGGGAUCAAGCUGAGCUGUGCUCUCUGUGGUCAAGCAGCCUUGUAACUUAGUGCCUGGACUUGAAUGUCAUUGAUGACGCAGGUGAUGUGCAAGUAUCUGCCAGCAACAGUCAGCAACUCCAGGAUACGGGAGGAGAACAGUGGAAGAAAAGAUUGAGGUGAAUGCUAAAGCAGUGAAACACCUUGAAUCAUUCUAAAGCUAUUAUGCAGUUAUGUAUCUUGUGGAAUUGUCUCUUUGUAUGGUUUAUACCUCAAAAAUAUUUAUAGUAGAAUGUAUUUUUAAUAAAAGGGAAUACUCUUGCUUGAACUUGA